CCAACGUGGAAGUUGAAGAGGAGAACCCAAUGGCUGUUUUUCCUGUAAGUUCUUUUUUUCCUGUGACUUUUUGUGUUGCUUGACAUUGACAUACAAUACUGCAAAAUGACUUGUUUUAAAUGCCAGGUUGACCUCAUGUCAAAAGACUCAAUAAUCAUCCCUGCCUGGAGUCCACAGCCAGGAAAAGCAGAUCACUAUUUGCUUUGUGUCCUGCAGCCAGCAAAGAGAGAGCUAUUUUUGCUGGACUCGCUCAAACCAGAUGGCUUUGGCGACAGUCAUAACAUCUUUAGGUUUGGUAACAUGACAACAAUCAGCCCUGUUCUGUGGCUUGUUCAGUAUGGGAAUCCUACAGAAUUCAUAGUACUCCAGAAAUGCAGUGACUUAGCUCAUCACAUUGCUCUGGGCCAGUGGACAACUAAGUUUGGCAAAGACAUUGAGGGUUUCCCUCAACAAACCACUGUAAAUUAUUGUGGCAUCUUAAUGUUGAUGUAUGCACUCAGCCUGAGCACAGAGGCUCCAUUUUGGUUCAUUGAGAGGGACAUGGCACGCAUCCGAAAAUGGUGGUGCAUUAGUCUAAUGGAACGGUUCCAGAUUGACGGUUGCCAACGUGUGCUUUCAGAAAUCCUCCAGGAAGUGCUACUCCAGGAAGGAGAUAAGGCAUACUUAACAUUGGCUCUUGUGUGUACCACCUUCAGGGACACUGUGUCCACUAACGCCUUCAGGAGACGGGCACAUUUUCAGUGGCUUGACAGUGUCGCUACAUGGAGAAGGUUUUCUGCAUCAUACAAAAAAGAAUUCUACACCAUGUACACCGUAGACACCUGCCGUGAAUGUGGAAUGUUUUACAAAAACUGCACACCUGGAUAUGUUGGAACAGGGAAAAGGGGUACUGCGAUCACUUUUGCAGCCAAAUGCAAUAGCGUGAGCGGGGGUGGGGGCUUGAGCGGCCGCAAGCCGCAGCUGGACCAUAUUGAGCAGCCCCAGUGGACAUCUGCUGGACUUCAGGACCAGAGAGGAAUGGAGGAGGACAACCAGAACCAGGAGCAGAGGAGCAACGAGGUCCCCAGAAGACAAGCAGCAGACUGGGACUCUGAUAGCAGCCAUGUUCAGCUUUACCUCCAGAUGUUCUGGAAGUGA